AACCUUCACUGUCACCAUCUGCCCGCCAUCCCAAACUGUAUAGCGCAGUGCGCUCGCCCCCUCGACCAUGAUAGCCCUACUGUACUCGCUUUUGCUGCUGGUAGCAUCAUCGACCUUUGCGACGGCUGCCUCGGACAAACCGCUCAAGCCAUGUACCGUCAUCUCGCCCACGUCGGAACGCUUCUUCGACUUGAAUCCUAUGCGCCGCCUGCCACCCUCCAAGGAAGACGGCAAAAAAAGCAACAAGAAAGAGGCCGAAGAGGGCAGCUGGCAUGCCCGGGGCUAUGAUUACAAUGCAAACUUCACCAUCAACUUCUGUGGCCCGGUUGUGGAGGAAUUGGAUGCGGUACAAGAUUUGGACAAGGGCAUGUGGAAGAAUGUUAGCGCAUUCUACGAAAAAGGAAACAAGCAGUGGGCUAUUGGACUCGAGAGCUCUGAACCCAUCUUCCGCGGUCGCAAACUUAUUCUAAACUACACUGGCGGCUCUCUAUGCCCUUCGUUGAAAUCCAAGCGCUCACUUGAGCCCGCCUCGCUCGACACCCGAGAGAUCAUCGACGGCGAUGACGACGACGACGACAAGAAGAAAAAGCCCAAAGAAGCCGAGCGCCGCAAGACCACCGUAAUCUCCCUCCUCUGCGAUAACGACCCGCUGGCCAAGACGUCCGUCUCUUUUGUCGCCGCCGUAGACGACUGCGCAUACUUCUUCGAAGGCCGCUCGCCCUUUGCAUGCGGCGGCGUCCACCAAGAGACACAAGCGCUCGGACCGGGCGGGGUAUUCGGCGUAAUAGCCAUGAUCGCGGUGCUCGUAUAUUUCGCCGGAGGUUGCGUCUACCAGCGCACAGUCAUGCACCAGCGCGGGUGGAGACAGCUGCCCAACUACGCCAUGUGGGCCGGCAUAUGGCGUUUCUUCUCGGACAUGUUCAUCAUCCUUACGUCUUCUUGCGCACGCUUCAUGCCCGCUCGCAGGGGCUAUAGCCGCGUUUCCCUCGGCCAGGAUAGCAGUCGUAGGGGGAGGCGGAAUGAGGAUGAGGACAGGCUGAUAGAUAACUUGGAUGAGGAGUGGGAUGAUUGAUUAUAGCGUGGCCAUUCAUCUUGGCUAUGCACGUAUGAUAUGGGCAUUUGCGGCGUUUGGGUAUGGGUGACUGGUCGCUCAGGAGCGUCUUCACCGACAGGCAUACCAGUGGAAUGGGUUACCGAAAUAGACUUCCACAACAUAGUACAUGAUACAUAUAUUUACAAA